AUGAUUGAUAAAAAAAUUUCAAGUGAAUAUAAUUUUUCUCUUGAUGAAGCACUUAUUAUGAUUAAAAUAAGAAAACACUCUGAAUAUGCUACUUUUCAAUAUGGAAUUGCUACAUGUAUGAUAGGAUUGAUUAAUUAUAUGACUAAAAUUAAAGGGAUUAUUAAUAUUAUAAAUCUUGUUACGAUCAGUUUAUUUUUAUAUUUUUACAUCCCAGAAUUUUUAAUCAAUUGUUUAAUUUACUAUUUUUAA